CAAACGAGCAGACCUCAAAUACGGACCCUGCCGCUGAGCAAGCACAAGACUUACAAGGACGGCUUCCUGCAUCGCUUGAUAACAACGCCACGACGACAGAUCCCGAUCCUGCUUCCGAACCCUUAGCAGCUGCAACCCUAACCCCCAUCGAAAUGCCCACGUCAGAACCGGUUGCUAUCGAAGAGCCAGAUCAGGUUGUGACUUCACAGUCGCGGGACGAGGAUUCGAAGCUCUCUGACUCUCUCCAUCCAGUAUCAGAAAUGGGAAAGCUGCCCGAGGAGGAAGUUGAGCUGGCUAGGUUUGGUAGUUCUUCAGAAAACUGUAGCUUCUCAGUUACAGGGAGCAGUCGAGCCAGCUCGCCACUGAGCGAACCAGAUGCUCACGGUGUUGCAUAUACAUACGAUGGACCACCAGGCCAUAGGAUCCUACAUCUCAGACCAACAGCCGAACAGUGGGAUGAUUUCCCUGCUCUCCUGGCCUUUGCACGAAGCCUUCAUGCUGAAGUCGACGGUUGCUUCAAAAUAAUACUCCCAGAAGAGCUUCAAGAGCCGCUCCCGGACAAGGAUUCGCAGCAUGUGACCGCCAAUGCCUAUAGAAUAAGACAGAUCAACCACAGGACGUUUUGGCAGGUCAGCACAGUACCGAGCGAAGGCGCCUUCUCAUCUUCGGAACCGGAGGGCGAGGUAUCUGGGAGCGUUGACGAGAAGUUCAAGAAGCUAAAGACUCUUUUUAAUAAGAGCAAGGACAAGCAGAUGCGAAACGUGCGUUACCGAGUCGACGUCCCCGCGUGGACGGCGAAGCAGAGACGAGAAGCUGGCGUGCCAGAGAGAAGCCCUAUCCACCCGCUGGCCGGUGACAAAUUGGACAAGACAAAGGCUAUUAUUCCUGGAAUCCAUACGCCCUAUGUAUACGAAUCAGCUCAGCAUUUCGGUGCUACUUUCCAGCUCCACGCUGAAGAUUUCCGCCUUUCUUCUCUGAAUCACCUUUACAAGGGCCGCAAGAUUUGGAUUGUCGUCCCCGCCACAGCCGUCGACGUUGCCGAAGAAGCAUUGAAUCGAAAAGGCAAGUGCUCGCAGUUCAUGCGGCACCGUGCCGAGUUCUUCUUCCCAGAGAAGCUCCAGAAAAUGGGCAUCCCCCAUCGAAUCGUCGACCAACGACCCGGCGAAACCAUUGUCAUUCUACCAGAUGCCUACCACGAAGGGUUCAGUACGGGAUAUACCCUGGCCGAAGCCAAGAACUACGCAGACUCGGACUGGACGACGGAUACGUAUCAGCCGUGCCAGCCAAGCUGCCAGCUCAUGACAGCCAUACCGGCGGAAUUUAUGAGGCCGCUGCAAGAAGGGGAGGAGAGACUCGAUCUAUGCGCCGGCUAUAAAGACGUUGGCGGUGAUGAACCAUCGAGUCUCUUACAGCAGCAGCAGCAGCAGCAGCCAAAAGCAGAAGAUUCUCAACUUGGUGAAAUACAGAGCGCAAAUCCUACACUAAAACGACCACUUGAACAUACCAUUUCGGAAGAGAUUGUAUUUAAACACCCCAGGCUCGACCAAGACUCUAUUGUCUCUGUACAUGCAAAGGUUUGA